UUUUCACUUUUUAUGUUCUUCUUCCAACGGAUCGAACUCGUCCCUUCUUCUCUUCAUCAACAAAUCUAUCAAACCCUAAAUCGCAAACGAACAAAGAAAGUGAAUUUUUUUGUUCAUUCAAACAUAAAAAAGAAAGAACAUUUGAGGGAAAAGGUACGUUUUUUUCUUGAAUCAAAAGUGAUUGUCAACAGCCAAUCAAACUUGCAACAACUUGCAAUGCUAAUGUUGUGUUAUUUAGUCGUAUUUUGGAAUAUCUUUUGAUAAAUUCUGGUACUUAAAACCAUGAUUUCAAAUCCAAAUCUUGUGUUUUAUGCAUGCAUUGCAAACGGGUCAAUAAUUCUUGGGGAGUUCUUGUCAAGAGAACAGGGAAUAAGUGAAGUUUUAGCUCAACAAUGUGUUGACAAGACCCCACCAUACCAUUCAAUGUUCUCUCAUACGGUGUCUAAUCGAACUUAUACGUUUUUAAUCAAUGACCCUUUUACGUAUUUUGGGAUAUUUGAUAAGAAUAUUCAGAAAUCAGAGUUGCUUGGCUUCUUGAAUCGUAUUAAAUCGUCUUUUGAGGAGAUUUUUGCUAGAGGGUCGGUGUUGGAUUUUGAUAAUAUGGCUAGUCGUUCUUUGCAAUCUCAAUUUGAUGCGGUUUUUUGUGAGAUAAUGGGCUUGGAUUUAGAGUUUUUGAAUUCUUCGAGAAGUGGGUCGAAAGAUCGUCGAAAUUCAAGUGUGGAUUCGGCAAGAGGGAGGAUGGUGGUGGCUCCUUUGCUCGGGAAGCCAAAAGGGUUGAAGAAGAAGAAAAGAGCAAGUACUGAGAAAGGGGCCGCAGAUGGGGAUGCUAAAGAUGUUAAUGGGGAGAAGAAGGUUGAUGUGUGUGAUGAUAAGAAUGCAUUGUACGCAGUUGAUCGACAGAAGGUGAAACAAAUAUGGAAAAAACAUGUUUGGGUUGUCUUGGCGCUGGACUUGAUUAUAUGUGCUGUUCUAUUUGGGAUUUGGUUGUUGGUCUGCCAGGGGUUUCAAUGUAUUGAUGGUUGAGUUUUUGUUUCUUUGGGGUCUGUUUUCGUUGUAUAUGAGUGAUUUUACUUUCAAGUUGAUUGAGAAUUCUACAUGUAUAACAAAGAAGAUGUAUGCUCGUGAGAAGAAUAUACUUAUAUAUAUGGGGUGGAUAAGAGUAAA